AUGACCGAUAUCACACCCGUACAGAACGAUGUGGAUGUCAAUGGUAAUAAUGUCAAUGACGACGUUUCCAGUAAUCUAAAGAGGCCUAUAGAUCAAGGGGAUCCUUCGAAUGGACUCGCAGAAGAAGAAAACCCCGCCAAUAACCAGUUGCAUCUCAAAAAGGCUAGACUGGAUGGAGAUGCUCUAACAUCAUCGCCUGCUGGACUUGCAGAGAACGGUAUUGAAGGCGCCACCCUGGCGGCUAACGGGGAAAAUGGGUAUAACGCCACCGGAAGUGGCGCAGAAGACGAACAGCAGGGGUUGAAGAAGGAAGAAGGAGGACAAGGUACCAAACAAGAGGAUUUAGAUGAAAACUCAAAACAAGAACUUCCGAUGGAGGUUCCAAAGGAACCUGCCCCUGCUCCUCCUCCAGAGCCCGAUAUGAAUAAUCUCCCUCAGAAUCCAAUACCAAAGCACCAGCAGAAACAUGCAUUGCUUGCGAUUAAAGCUGUCAAACGCUUGAAGGAUGCGAGACCCUUUCUACAACCUGUUGACCCAGUGAAAUUGGAUAUUCCCUUUUACUUUAACUACAUAAAGAGGCCAAUGGACUUGUCUACUAUAGAGAGGAAGUUGAACGUAGGCGCUUAUGAAGUUCCGGAGCAAAUCACGGAGGAUUUCAAUCUCAUGGUUAACAACAGUAUUAAAUUCAACGGUCCAAAUGCGGGCAUAUCACAAAUGGCAAGAAACAUACAAGCUUCUUUCGAGAAACAUAUGCUAAAUAUGCCUGCUAAGGAUGCUCCACCUGUAAUAGCCAAGGGACGGCGGUCUAGUGCCCAAGAGGAUGCCCCAAUUGUAAUUAGACGAGCCCAAACUCAUAAUGGGAGGCCGAAAAGGACUAUACAUCCGCCGAAAUCAAAGGAUAUUUAUCCUUAUGAAUCGAAGAAACCGAAAUCCAAAAGACUACAACAAGCAAUGAAAUUUUGUCAGAGUGUGCUAAAGGAAUUGAUGGCCAAGAAGCACGCCUCUUAUAACUACCCAUUUUUGGAACCAGUAGACCCAGUUUCUAUGAAUUUGCCGACUUAUUUCGAUUAUGUUAAAGAGCCAAUGGAUUUAGGCACAAUCGCCAAGAAAUUAAAUGACUGGCAGUAUCAAACAAUGGAGGAUUUUGAGAGAGACGUGAGGUUGGUCUUUAAAAACUGCUACACGUUCAAUCCGGAUGGCACGAUCGUUAAUAUGAUGGGUCAUCGUCUAGAGGAAGUUUUCAAUUCCAAAUGGGCGGAUAGGCCUAAUUUGGAUGACUACGAUUCCGAUGAAGAUUCGAGGACCCAAGGCGACUACGACGAUUAUGAAUCUGAGUAUUCAGAGUCUGACAUCGAUGAAACUAUAAUUACAAAUCCAGCCAUCCAGUAUUUGGAAGAACAACUUGCUCGGAUGAAAGUGGAGUUGCAACAAUUAAAAAAGCAAGAACUGGAAAAAAUAAGAAAAGAGAGGCGCUUAGCACGUGGAUCAAAGAAACGCGGCAAAAGAUCGAAGGGAAGGAGUGGGUCUAAGAACGCUUCUUCGAAAGGAAGGCGAGAUAAAAAGAAUAAAUUGAAAACAGUAGUGACAUAUGAUAUGAAACGUAUCAUUACAGAGAGGAUCAAUGAUUUACCAACUUCCAAAUUAGAAAGAGCAAUCGACAUAAUAAAAAAAUCCAUGCCCAAUAUUUCUGAAGACGAUGAAGUAGAACUUGACCUCGACACUUUAGAUAAUCACACCAUCUUAACAUUGUACAACACUUUCUUUAGACAAUAUGAAAGCUCAUCCGGUGCUUCUAACGGUUUGGACGGUACUUCAGGUGUUACGCGAGAUGCUUCGUCCUUGUCGCCUACAAGUGCGGGAAGCAGAAAGAGAAGAUCUAAGGCAUUAAGCCAAGAGGAGCAGAGUAGGCAGAUAGAAAAGAUAAAAAAUAAACUAGCUAUCUUAGACAGUGCUUCACCUCUGAGCCAAAACGGCUCCCCAGGCCAAAUUCAAAGCGCUGCACACAACGGGUUUUCCUCAUCUUCAGAUGACGAUGUUAGCAGCGAAAGUGAAGAAGAGUGA